GGGAGGGGACGAACCUCCUUUGGAGAGUGGGGGGCGGGGGGAUCUUGUGCUCUGGGGAGCUCCUCUCAGCGUGAUGAGGGAAGGGGCUGCGCUAGAGAGGACUCCCUCAGGAAGAGGGGCAGGGUCUUCCGGAAUGGGAGAGCUGGACUCCUCCGUGUGCAGGGGGAAAAGGGGCUGCAGUGUGUGUUGCAAAUCUUCUUGGAAUCAGCUACAGGACCUGUGCCGUCUGGCCAAGCUCUCAUGCCCUGCCCUCGGAAUCUCCAAGAGGAAUCUCUAUGACUUUGAAGUCGAGUACCUGUGUGAUUACAAGAAGAUCCGCGAACAGGAGUAUUACCUGGUAAAAUGGCGUGGAUACCCAGAGUCAGAGAGUACCUGGGAGCCACGGCAGAAUCUCAAGUGUGUGCGCAUUCUCAAGCAGUUCCACAAGGACUUAGAACGAGAGUUGGUCCGGCGGCGCCACCGGUCAAAGCCCCCCCGGCACCUGGACCCAAGCUUGGCCAGCUACCUGGUGCAGAAGGCCAAGCAGAGACGGGCGCUCCAGCUCUGGGAGCAGGAGCUCAAUGCCAAACGCAACCAUCUGGGACGCAUCACUGUGGAGAAUGAGGUGGAUCUGGAUGGCCCCCCUCGGGCCUUUGUAUACAUUAACGAGUACCGCGUUGGUGAGGGCAUCACCCUCAACCAGGUGGCAGUGGGCUGUGAGUGUAAGGACUGCUUGUGGGCACCUGCUGGAGGCUGCUGCCCCGGGGCAUCGCUGCACAAGUUUGCCUACAAUGACCAGGGCCAGGUGCGGCUGCGAGCUGGGCUGCCCAUCUACGAGUGCAACUCCCGUUGCCGCUGUGGCUAUGACUGCCCCAACCGUGUGGUACAGAAGGGCAUCCGCUACAACCUCUGCAUCUUCCGCACGGAUGAUGGGCGUGGCUGGGGCGUCCGCACACUGGAGAAGAUCCGCAAGAACAGCUUCGUCAUGGAGUACGUGGGAGAGAUUAUUACUUCGGAGGAGGCGGAGCGGCGGGGCCAGAUCUACGACCGCCAGGGUGCUACAUACCUCUUUGACCUGGACUACGUGGAGGAUGUGUACACUGUGGAUGCUGCCUAUUAUGGCAACAUCUCCCACUUUGUCAACCACAGUUGCGACCCCAACCUCCAGGUGUACAACGUCUUCAUAGACAACCUUGAUGAGCGGCUGCCCCGCAUUGCUUUCUUUGCCACAAGAACCAUCUGGGCAGGCGAGGAGCUCACUUUUGAUUACAACAUGCAAGUGGACCCCGUGGACAUGGAGAGCACCCGCAUGGACUCCAACUUUGGCCUGGCUGUGCUCCCCGGCUCCCCCAAGAAGCGGGUCCGUAUUGAAUGCAAGUGUGGGACUGAAUCCUGCCGCAAAUACCUCUUCUAGCCCUUCGAAAUCUGAGGCCAGACUGACUGUGGGGGCCUAAAGCCCAUCUCACCCACCCCUGUACCCACUUGCCCUCCUGUUGAGGAAUGACUGCCAGGGCCUCCCGCCUGCUUCCACCCACCCCCACCUGCCCUGUGCUCGGGGUUGUGGUGAGGACUGACUUUCAGAAAUCCCCUCUCCCCAUCCUAGCUCCAUGGGUUGCACUUAACAACCCUUUGCCCAUUUUGCGAAGUAAGCUGUCAACAUCAGGAGUUUCUGCAGUUGAGAUUCACAGCCUAUUAAGGGGGUUCCAGGGGUGAACCCCAGCCCCAGAAUAGAAAGAUGGUUAUUCACCUGCUUCAGCCUGGAGCUUGAGAGGUCUGUUGCAGGCCCUCUCCCUACUGCUCCAGGAGUGUGGAAGCUGCCCCAGCGCAGGCUGACAUCAGAGUUCAGACUUCCCAGCCCAUUUGGUGAAAGAAAGAGGGUUUGUAGGGCUGGGGACUGGUUUCUGCUUAUGCUCACAUGUAGGCUUUGCAUCCCAGAAGUAGCUGCCCACAUGCCACUGGAAGGAGAGUGGAUGCCCAUGGCUCACUGGUCACUGGCCAAUGAGAGGAAGGCAGUCCAGACUCUCCGAACCCUUAAGGUGGACUGGGAUUGAGCUCUGCCCAUGAGGUGCACAGAAGGCGCCUGGGAGCCCCGUCGGCGUGUGACGACUGCUGGGACUACUCAGAGCUGGAACCAAGACCUAGGUAGGCUGUAGAUAGCACUUAGGACAAAAAUGUGCAUUGAUGGGGUGGUGCUGAGGUGCCAAGCACUGGGCUGAGCACCUGGUCUACAUAGAUUGUCUCAGGGAAGCCUUAAAAACUGUGGAGGUGGAUCCUAGGAAAGGGCCCAUAUGGCAGGAGGCCAAGUACAGUCUCAAAAGUUACCUGCCCACAAAUGUACAGAAGACGAAGGGUCUGAUGGCUGCCUCACCCCUUGCUUCCCCUGUGAGGUCUUCUCCAGGAAGCCUUCCCUGACUACCUGUGCCCAGAGCGCCCCUCUGUGAGACUGUGCCCUGCCACCAGAUCUGUGUGGCUGUCUGUUUGUCUGUGCUCCCUGCCCCUAGACUGAAUUUCAGGCAUGGACUGAAUCUCAUUCUCCUCUUGUAUAUUUCUUGGCCCAACCCAGCCUGGGGUAGGCAUCAAUAAAAAGAGUUGCUGACUGAACAAA